AUGGCGUCUGACAAAAUUGGAGCGGAGAUAGAGGCGUCGGAGGAAAACGAGGUUUCGUCGGGCAGGGGUUUCGCAAGUACAGGCCAGUAUUUGCUCACGACCAUGAUCGAGCCGUUCUCGAGAUGUCAUCGAUUGACCCGAGUGUCCAACCAUCUUCUUCAGCUUCUAAAAGUUAAAGUGGACGUGGGAGCAAGUAACGGUUCUGAGGGAAGUGAUGGGCGAAUACCUAACCAUGGAAUUGCCAAUGGCUCUCAGAAUGAUUCCAAGUUGGAAUUGUUUGGUUUUGACUCGCUUGUUAAUAUUUUGGGGCUCAAAAGUAUGGCAGGUGACCAGAUUCAAGCACCAUCCAGUCUUAGAGAUGGAGUCGAUGUAUCAGUUGAGCGUCCACAGGCCAACAGUGUCAAAUUGGGGACUAUGAUGGGUGUGUUUGUCCCUUGUCUACAAAACAUUUUAGGGAUUAUUUACUACAUCAGAUUUUCAUGGAUCGUGGGUAUGGCUGGGAUUGGUCAAUCAUUGCUGCUGGUUGCUUUUUGUGGUUCGUGUACUUUCCUUACAACUAUAUCUUUGAGUGCAAUAGCUACUAAUGGCGCAAUGAAGGGAGGUGGGCCCUAUUAUCUUAUUGGUCGUGCCCUGGGUCCGGAGGUUGGAGUGAGCAUUGGUUUAUGUUUUUUUCUUGGAAAUGCUGUUGCUGGUGCACUGAUCGACCUAAAGAACUAUGAGAGCCACUCCAGCGCUGCGCCAGAUAUGGCGUUUUGCGCUGGAGUAGCGAUGAAUUCUGCUCCAGUGCGGCGCUGGAACUUAUCGCUAGAAUGUUGCGCCACAUCUGGCGCAACACUGUUCAUCGACUCUACAAUUAUUUUAUUUUUUUUAUUUAUUUAUUUAUUUUUUUUGUGUAUUAUUAUUGAUAAAUUUUUGUAUAAUGUGUAUUAUAGAGAUAAGGGCUGGAGAUGGCCUGAACAUGCGAAUCUAACUGUUAUCUUUGUUCUUAUCAUUGUCAGUGCAUUGGUUGGUCUCUUUUUCCCUGCUGUAACGGGGAUUAUGGCAGGUUCAAACCGGUCAGCCUCACUUAAGGACACCCAGCGGUCCAUUCCUGUCGGGACUUUAGCUGCAACUUUAACAACUUCAGGUCUAUAUCUUGUUUCAGUGCUGUUUUUCGGAGCUCUUGCCACCAGGCAGAAACUUCUGACAGACAGGUUACUUACAGCUACUGUUGCCUGGCCUUUUCCAUCAGUUAUUUAUAUCGGUAUCAUUCUAUCCACCUUAGGUGCAGCCCUACAGAGCCUGACUGGCGCCCCUCGUCUACUAGCGGCAAUAGCCAAUGAUGACAUCUUACCCGUUCUUAUUUAUUUUAAGGUGGCGGAUGGGAGUGAGCCCCACAUUGCUACUCUUUUCACGGCCUUCCUUUGUAUAGGAUGUGUUGUUAUUGGCAACUUGGAUCUUAUUACCCCAACAGUAACAAUGUUUUACCUUCUUUGCUAUGGUGGCGUUAAUUUAUCUUCUUUCCUUUUGGAUCUUCUCGAUGCUCCCAGCUGGCGCCCUCGGUGGAAAUUUCACCAUUGGAGUAUCUCCCUUGUUGGAGCAUUAAUCUGUAUAGUCAUCAUGUUCUUGAUUUCUUGGACGUUCACCGUGGUUUCUCUUGCUCUGGCAACUCUCAUAUAUUACUAUGUUAGUAUCAAAGGAAAAGCCGGGAAUUGGGGAGAUGGUUUCAAGAACGCCUACUUUCAACUUGCUCUUCGUAGUCUACGGUCUUUAGGAGCAAGCCAAGUGCACCCAAAAAACUGGUACCCGAUCCCUCUCGUAUUCUGCCGGCCAUGGGGGAAGCUCCCAGAGAAUGUCCCGUGCCACUGUUACGAAUCCCACCCGAAACUGGCCGAUUUUGCCAACUUCAUGAAGAAGAAGGGUCGUGGGAUGUCCAUAUUUGUGUCGAUCAUCGAUGGUGACUAUCACGAGAUGGCAGAGGAAGCCAAGUCAGCAUGCCGAGCGCUCAGCACCUACAUAGAGUACAAACAGUGUGAAGGAGUAGCCGAGAUUGUGGUGGCCCCCACAAUGUCCGAUGGCUUCCGAGGUAUCGAUCAGACAAUGGGCCUCGGCAAUCUCAAGCCCAACAUCGUUGUCAUGCGCUACCCGGAAAUCUGGCGCCGGGAGAAUCUGACCGAGAUUCCCGCCACUUUUGUUGGGAUAAUCAACGACUGUAUUGUUGCGAACAAGGCAGUUGUUAUAGUCAAGGGGCUUGACGAGUGGCCAAACGAGUACCAGAGGCAAUAUGGGACGAUAGAUUUGUAUUGGAUCGUGAGGGAUGGUGGUCUCAUGCUCUUGCUUUCUCAGUUGCUCUUGACAAAGGAGAGCUUCGAGAGCUGCAAGAUUCAGGUGUUUUGCAUUGCGGAGGAGGAUUCUGAUGCCGAGGAGCUUAAAACCGACGUGAAGAAAUUCCUGUACGACCUUCGAAUGCAAGCUGAGGUGAUUGUGAUCUCAAUGAAGUCGUGGGAUGCAAGAGCCGAGCAGCAGGACGAUUCAAUGGAGGCUUUUAGCAGUGCCCAAGAGAGGAUUUCAGGUUACUUGGCAUCUAUGAAAAAAAGGGCCGAGCGGGAGGGUACACAUGGGCUAAUGGUGAACGAGCAGCAAGUGGAGAAGUUUCUGUACAUGAUGCUGAAGCUAAACUCGACUAUUUUGAAGUACUCUAGAAUGGCGGCAGUUGUGCUCGUCAGCCUUCCACCGCCACCGCUAAACCACCCGUCGUAUUUUUACAUGGAAUAUAUGGACUUGCUGGUCGAGAAUGUGCCUAGGCUGUUGGUCGUGCGAGGGUACCGUAAGGAUGUGGUCACUUUGUUUACAUAA